AUGAACCGAGACGACCACGCCGCUGCCGGCUCCCCCGGCGGCCAAGGGGGCAGCAAUCGGCCGCCGUCCAGCCAUUCGGCCCAUGCGCCGCCGCCACUCGCGUCGCAGCACCAGCAGCAGUCCCGUCACCACCACCACCAUCGGCAGCCUCACCAGGCCGGCCACCACCACGGCCAGCACCAUCCUGGCCACGGAUCGGCACCUCCAAUCACCCAGGCCGCACCGCCCCUGCACCGCGGCCAGCGCUCGCCCACCUCGGCUUACGGCGCCGGGUCCCUUCCGCCGCCGAGGGCGCAGUAUGCCGGAUCACUGCCGCCGUCGCCUCCGCCCGCGUCGGCCGGCCAGGGGCCCUACGCCUACCCGGCGCCCCCGCCCCUCCACCGCGACGAGGCCCCCUCGGGUCGCGACCGCUGGAGGCAAUCGGCGCCCAUUCCGUCACCUCGCUCCGACCCGAUGAGCAUGAGCUCGAUCCUCGGGCCUUCGGCCAGGGCGAUGCAGGAGAGCCCCGAGUCGCGUCCGCCGCUGCCCCGCCUCGACCGCGACCGCGAAAGGGACUGGGAACGGGAGCGUGACCGCGAGCGGGAUCGCGACAGAGGCCGCAGCGCCUACGCGUCCGGGCCGCCACCUCCGUCCAUGAUGGCAGGAGGAGGCGACAGGAGGUCUCCGCCGCUGUCGAUGACCGCACCCGGCACCACGACCUCGAGCCCGUCGACGCAACUGCCGCCGCGUCGCAAGUGGAGCGGCUCGGCAGGCGACGAGUACAUGGCGCCGGCCUCUUGGAUGGAGCGCGAGCGCGAGCUGGAGCUCGAGCGCGAACGCGAGCGGGAGCACAACUGGCGCGCCUCGCACAGGCCUCCAGCGCAUGCCAGCGCAUCGGCCGGGCCCGGAGAGAGGGCUUCGACCCACACCAGGGUGCCCAGCGGCGACCUUCGCUACCACGGCCCUCCCCCUGGACCGGGGCCCAGCCCGCGCGAGAUGGCACCCAACGCACUACCACCUCGCCAGAGCCCCGUCCUCGCCGCCCACCGCAGCCGUCACAGCCGCGAGCUGAGUGGCAGCGAACUUCCUCUGGCCGCUUCGGGCCGGGAUCGACAACAGCCUCCGCCCUACAUGGGCCACUUUGACGACCACCCUCGUCAGCCGGGUCCGCCGGCGACUGGCGGCCCACAGAUGGGAGCACCGCUUCCGCCGCCACAGCAUCACGCCAUGCUACCGCCAAGCCGCUCGCCCGAACGCAGCCGCGCAGCUGCCGGCUACGGCAUGUACGACGACAUUGAGCGGGAACGGGACCGAGAGCGCGAGUACCGGCUCCGGGAACGCGAGCGGGAGCGGGAGCGCGAACGCGGCCUCCGAGAUCGCGAGCGCGAGAGGGAGAUGCUCGUGGAUCGCUACGGCCGUCCGAUCCCGCCGGAGGCCAUGAUGAUGGACGAAGGGCCGUACGAGCGCUAUGGGCCGCCGCCGCUCCCGCCGCAGCCCGUCUCCCCAGGCUCUGCGGGCAGGGGGCCCUUGCCUCCUCCCGCCGCGGCGCAGCCUCUCCGGCCCCACUACGACGGCCGAGGCCCGCCUCCCAGCGCAACUGGCGCUCCCGAUUACCGGCCCGUGAGCCCGGCUCAGGGCAGAUCGACUGGCGAUCGCCGCAAGGACAAGACGAAGCUGCAGGCGCCGAACCAGGCCGCUCGGGAGCGCGACCGUGACUGGGAGAAGCCACCUUAUGGCCAUAGGGAUGCUGGUCCUCUGCCGCCGCCACCGCCGGGCUCCGUCUCGACGCCUGGCGGUUACGCAGCCGGCGGCGGCCGCGAUAGCCUACCGGACUACGACCGACCUCCUCGCGCCGGUCCACCUCCACCAUCUACGGGGCCGCAGGUUGCUUCUGCCCACGGCCCGCCGACUCUCAAGCACGAACCGGGCGCCCCGUCAUCGCUCCCUCCUCCGCCCUUCGCAGCAUCCCUCCCGCCAGGCGAGCGCGCUCACGGUCCGGGCGGGCUUCGUGACGGACCGCCGCUCUCCGCAACUGGCAAGGGCCAGGUGCGGCCGGCGUCCCCGUACGCCCUCGAGCACGAGCGCGAGCGCGAGCGUGAACGCGAACGGGAGCGGGAACAGCGCGAGGCUGCCAUAGAGCGGGAGAACAAGCUGCUCCGCGACAGGGAGCGCGAGCAGGAGAAGCGCGAGAGGCGCAAGGAGCGUCAGCAGGCCGAGAAGCAGCUGGCGCUGGAACGGGAGCGGGAGCGCGAACGCGAGCGCGAGAGGGAGCGAGAGAGGGAGCGGGAGCGCGAGAGGGAGUUGGAGCUGGAACGAGCCCACGCUCAGGCCCAGGCCCAGGCGCAGGCGCAGGCCCAAGCGGUGCAGAUGCGCGGCCAGGCCAUCGGCGACCUGCCCUUCUCGCUCCGCCCCCCGCCGGGCAGCUUCGAGGACGCGAUGAUGGCUGCCGCUCGGGAUCAGGCGUUUGUGGCGGCGCACCAGCAGGCGUUUGGACGGCCACCGACCGUGGCAGAGAUCCAGGCAGCGGUGCAGCAAGCGGCCGUGGCAGGCUAUCCGCCCGGAGUCGUGCUGCCGCCCGGCGUCAACCCGGCCGCGGCGUUUGGGAUGCCGGUCCCAGCGCCACCACAGCAGCAUGUUCCAAGGGACCUCAACGCUGGACCGCGGGUCGACAGCGAGCCCGUCUGGCUGUACCUCGAGCUUUGCGAGCGGGACGAGGCCAUCCGGCGUCUGCAGCGGCUGCCCCUCGACGUCGCCUCGGAGCCCGAGCCCGAGGCCGGGUCCGCGCCUGCCGGCGCAGGUGAGCCGCAGGCAGGCGCCACUGUCGCCGCGCCCGACGCCGACGUGAGCAUGGCCGACGCAGCAGAAGCACAGCCUGCUGGAGACGAGGUGGCCGCUGCCAAUGCCAAGGCAAAGGCCCCAGCCGCCCCAGCCCAAGCCGAAGUCGACAUCCCACGCCCGCUGCCCGUCGUCGCGAACCCGCGGGACCCGCUGCCGCGCCACCUCAUCGGCAUGGACAAGGGCCGCCCGGUGCGCCACCUGGGCUCGUGGCUCUACGACCCGACCAUCGACCCGCUCUUUCCCGCCGAGCUGCUGGCCAAGAAUGUCGGUGCCACCAUCGAGGUGCGCAUCUCGGGCGACCUGCUGAGCCACACCGGUCGCGGCGGGCCGAGCUGGGACGAGUUUGUCAAGCUCGAGCGGCAGGCCCUGGACCGCCGCGAGAUGGGCGAGGCGCUGCAGGCCAUGAUGGAAGGCCCCGACGGCAAAGAGGCGCUCGAAGGCCGUGGCAACGGCUGGAAGCUCGGCUGGAGGGGCAAGGAGCAUGCCCGGAUGAGCCUCGAGAUGCGGAUCGAGGAGCGCAUCGCCGAGGCUGCCCUCUUCCGGGACCACCGUCGACGGCAACGUCCCCGAGCCCCUGCACCGGCAGCGUCGACCGAGGGCCAGGUGGACAAGGCAGGCGCUGAGGCUGAUGCCGGCAAGCGGGGAAGCGACGCUGGCUCCGCCGCGGGCGCCGCCCCGGCACCGGCGUCUCCCUGGCGCUUCUGGCGCCUCUCGCCGCUGCUGCGGCGCAAGCUGUGGGGCACCGACGUCUAUACCGACGACAGCGACAUCCUGGCAAUGUGUGUCCACGCCGGCUGGGUCGAGGGCCCCUCGCUCGAGCCCGAGGGCGUGCCGGCGUGGGUGCCGCCGGGCCGAGCCGCGCGCGCCUGGAACGGUCUUUCGGCCGUCGAUGACGCAGCAAAGGUCACCAAUGGUGCCUCUACGGGCGGCGGCGGCGGCGGCGGCGACAAGGAAGGCGGUUCCGCCGGGCACGAGAAUGGCCUUCGGGCAGGGCCCGCGAACCGACCGGCGGACCUGUCGGUCAUCCUGCGCAUCGCGCCCAAGCUGAUCGCGUACAAGGGCUGCCAGCGCGGAGGCAUCAAGAGCCGCAGCUGGGGCAACACCCACGACGGCGUCAGCCUGGUCGUCGAGAGCGUCGAGCUUAAGCAGCCCGGCUUCGCAUCCGGCCCGUCGCGACGCCGCGCAAAGGCGCGCAUCGACCAGGCGGCGCGCUUCAAGAUGCAGCUCCUCAUCGACUCGUGCAACCUCGCCGACGACGACGAUGGGGGCGUCGCCGACCGCGUCGAGGAGGCGCUGCGCGCGCAGCGUAUCGGCGACCUCGGUCUCGUCCGGCUCGGCGAUGUCGCUGCGGCGUUGGACCGGAAGCGAAAAGGUGCCGCUGAGGGAGAGGACGAGGCGGGUGCGCCGAACAGGAAAAAGGACAGGAGGGAUGGCGAAGACGAGGAGGUGGUGCUGGCGGUGGUGCAGAAGGAGAAGCAGGCGGACGGGGCAAAGGAGGCACGACAACGGUGGUUCUGGCAGGUCCCCGUCGCUGGCCCGCGUGAGGAGGUCAAGGCGGUCGAGUCGCGUCAACGUUAG